AUGUCAAAUAAAAAGUUAUUUACAUCGGAAGAAGCUGCUCGCUACAUUAUAGAGGAAAUCCCUAGUGAUUUUAGUGAGGACAUUGAGUCAGGUGAUUCUGAAAAUGAAUUUAUAUCAGAUGCUCUAAAAUUACUGGAACCUGUUGAAAAUGAAUCAGAAAGUUCCAACGAUUCAGAAAGUAGCAUGGAAGACAUCAGCAUUGACCAUGAGGAUUAUAAUGUUGAACAAGAUCAUAAAUGGACUAAAAAGACUAAAAACCAAAUUGAAACUCCAUUUUCAUCUUAUGAAGGCCCGGUCAAGGACCAUUUUGCUGAUUGUCAAAAUCCUAUUGAUUACUUUUUUUCUUAUUUUGACAAUGAAAUACAACAGAACAUACUUUAUCAAACCAAUCUAUAUAUAACACAAAGCAUGAAGGCUGUUCUAAAUGUUUCAUUGCAAGAGUUUUUUUCCUUCUUAGGAAUCAAUAUUAUAAUGGGUUAUCAUGAAUUACUAUCAUGGACGGAUUAUUGGAGUUGUGAGCCUGAUUUGACAGUACCAUUUGCAUCAAGUGCUCUUCCAAGAAAUCGUUUCGCUCAAAUUCUAAGCAAUAUUCAUGUGAAUGAUAAUGCUGCUGAACCAAACGAUAAUAAAGACAAAUUGUACAAACUGAGACCAUUGAUUAACCAACUAAACUCAAACUUUGUUAAGCUAUACAAUGUAUCUCAACGUAUUAGCAUAGAUGAAAGUAUGAUUCUCUUUAAGGGUCGGAGCAGUUUAAAACAAUAUAAUCCAAUGAAACCUAUAAAAAGGGGUUUUAAAUUGUGGGCCAUUGCUGACAUGGAUGGAUAUAUGUAUCAUUGUGAAGUUUAUCAAGGUAAAAACAAAAUUCAAAGUGAUGAUUUAAUGCCUAAGCAUUUUGGAUUAGGAGCAUCAGUCGUGUACCAACUAACAAAAACUUUGCAUGGAAAACAUCAUCAGGUCUAUUUUGACAACUAUUUUACCACUGUUCCAUUAAUGGAAUACCUAUUACAACAUUAA